AUGGUGUACUUCGGUUUUGACGAUGCCGUACAUGGUGAAGUAUCUCGCCAUUACGACUACUUGUUCCUGAACAACCUAACAAAUCCAAACGGGUGUCCAGUUAGCAUCACUUUAUUCGUUUCGCACACAUACACCGACUACGAAAUCUUGAAAAAAUACUACGACAUUGGAUUUGAAAUUGCAGUUCAUAGUGUUUCUCAUCAGAAUGUAGACACGGGCAGCAAAGUUCGACAGGAAGCGAACGAUCAGAGAAACAAUAUUAUCAACAACAUGGGAAUUCCAGAAGAGGAAGUCGUUGGUUGGCGAAGUCCUUUUCUCGUUACGGCGGGGGAUCCACAGAUAUACGCUCUUGAGGACCUUGGAUUUGAGUACGAUAUUUCUCUUAUCUACAGAAGAUCGGGCAUGAACGGUGAUGAUGCUUGGCCUUUCACACUGGACUAUGGAUGGCCCUUACCAUGUGACAAGGACUGCCCAACGGAAAGUCACAAAGGCUUCUGGCAGAUACCCAUUAACGCCAUGAUUGACUUCAAACACAAGUUUCCUUGUGCUUUCAUUGACCACUGUUACAACACUCCAUGGAAUGAAAAUGACACAUACAGCUACAUCAUGGACAAUUUCUAUAGUCGUUACAACGGAAAUAGAUCACCAUACGGAUUCCACAUUCAUGCAGUUUGGUUCAAUUAUGACUUCAACAGGAGAGCCAUGGAGAGGGCUAUAGCUGAUAUGAUGAAACAUGAUGAUGUUUAUAUUGUUAAUAUAAAGCAGAUGUUGGAAUGGAUGAAAUAUCCCACGAAAUUGUCAGAUAUUAAACUAUUCGAACCUUGGGCAUGCCGGCCUAUACUAGCAACAGUUAAGACUGUGGUGAUUGUAUUUAUAAACAUUUUUGUUGUAGCAUUUGUAGCGUUUAUUACAAUAUAUGUUUACCGUAAUAGAAGUAAACUAUUAUCUACCAUGACCAACAAUGUAGAUUAUAUUAAGCUUACUGACAUCGAACGACGGGAACUUAUUAACGAGUCCGAAGAUGAAAUACAUCCAGAGGUGUAG